CCGCCUCCCCUUCCUGGACUCGCAGACCGGCGUGGCUCAGAACAACUGCUACAUCUGGAUGGAGAAGAGGCACCGGGGACCAGGCCUGGCCCCAGGUCAGCUCUACACAUACCCGGCUCGCUGCUGGCGCAAAAAGAGGCGUUUGCAUCCCCCCGAGGACUCCAGGCUGAAGCUGCUGGAAAUUAAGCCCGAAGUUGAUCUGCCUCUGAAGAAAGAUGGCUUCACAUCAGAAAGUACAACUCUGGAAGCCUUGCUGCGUGGCGAGGGAAUAGAGAAAAAAACAGACACUAAAGAAGAAGACACUAUACAGGAAAUCCAGAGGGUUUUAGAAAAUGAUGAAAAUGCAGAUGAAGUGAAUGAGGAAGAGGACUUGGAAGAAGAUAUUCCAAAACGGAAGAACAGGCCUAGAGGACGGGCUCGGGGAUCUGGAGGUGGCAGGAGACGGAAUGAUGCUGCCUCCCAGGAUGAUCAUGACAAACCCUAUGUUUGUGAUAUCUGUGGCAAGCGCUACAAGAACCGGCCUGGGCUGAGCUACCAUUACGCCCACACUCACCUCGCCAGCGAAGAGGGCGACGAUGCCCGAGAGCAGGAGACCCGCUCCUCGCCCGUCCACCGAAAUGAAAACCACAAACCCCAGAAAGGACCAGACGGGGUCAUCAUUCCCAAUAACUACUGUGACUUCUGCCUCGGAGGCUCCAGUAUGAACAAAAAAAGCGGCCGGCCCGAGGAACUUGUAUCAUGCUCAGACUGUGGGCGCUCUGUCAGCCCUGCCCUCAUGGACUCCAACAUCCUUCAAGCAAGACGUUUCAGAAGGCGGCUGCGAGAAGCCUGGAUGCUCUGAGACUUCUCCUCUCCUUGCCCAGACCCUGCCAGACCUGUGUCCCAUCCAGGACAGGAGCCUGGACUGUGGGAAGACGGCAGCCAACUGUUCAGAGAAGAUCUGGGGAUGCCCUAAGCUGGUGCAAUACAAAGAAUUUUUUUUUUUUAAAUCGUGAUUUCACUUUCUUUUAACCAUGUGUAUAAACCUAAGUCAAACUGGAAUUGAGCUACAGCAGAAAUGACUGAAAAAGAAAACAAACUGAAAAAAGAGACAUAACUAUUUUAUUUAUUUCAAUAUUUAAGAGAGAAAAGAAGUGCUGAAGUUGCACAGUAUUUUUGUUUGAAAUACAUUUUACUUCAGAUUUUAAAUGCAGUUUUGUGAAGACAUGAGAUUUUAAAAAGCACAUAAUGUAAAAUAAAGACUGAAUAUUUACUUUAAGGAAAAAAUAAUAUGAAAAUAAAGAUCAACUCUGCUCUCUCUCUUACUUUAAAGAAGCCAUUCAUACAUGUGCUGAGUAUCUUUGUUUUUUGCAAAUUGGAUGUGGUAAGUGAAGAUUGUUCUGGCUUACUUUCUCCCUAAUAAUAUUUUCCCGUUAGAUGCUUAAAACUUACUUUGCUGCACUGUGCUAGGCACAACUCUGAACAAAACUGUUGGAAAAGCAAAGAGCAGUGACACAUUUGCUGGAUUUUUUUCUUACCAGGUUUUGUGUCCCGUUGAAAGGACUGUCUUCUCCCGGUAGGACUGAUGUGUCUCUUCUGCAUAGUAAAACAGGUUUUCACUUCAGUGACUCUGAGAAAUGCUUCUGCUGAAAGAGAGAUUUGAAAAAAGAAAAACAACCCUUUUAAUUUUGCUGUUAUUUAGUUUUGGUAGUUCCACAGCUGAUUCUGAGUUGGUUGUAAAGGAAGCGUCUCAGUGUUUGAAUGCUCUGGACAUGGGACGUCCUGUUGGAGUCAAGGAUGAUCUCAUGUGUAGAAACUGUGUGUACUUAGCACCUCUUGUAAGAAGCAGUGGACCUUUGAAAAAUAUCUAGAUGCACCUUCAUGUCAGCUGUGAGCGACAGGGAUAACCUGGGAGGAAAAGAGAGUGAGUUUCCAUAGCUGCCAUGCUAAAUUGUCCUGUGGGGUGACAGAGAAGUUCCCAACCUUUAUUUCCAGUUGGUAGCCAUCUUCUCAGCAAAAUAAAGUGUUCUGUUUCAUACAAGCGUUGGAGGACUUUGUUGGCUGCCAGAUCUGUUCAUGGUAGAUAGUGCAGGGCCUUUUGCUGUCGUGUGAAGCAGUUUGGUAAGUUGUGGGGUAGCCUUGUGUCCUAGCAGAAGGUAUUGGACUUGCCUCUGAGAGGGGCCAGGUCUACCUGUCGGUGUAGGCCCACUGUAUAGCUAGAAAAAGUGUCUUUGUUCACGUGGUUUAUGUUGGUUUUCUGAGUGAAAGAAGCUGUGUUUAAAAAAAAAAAAAAAGAAAAAUAUUGUGUCCUGCAUAGGGGAAACUGCCAGAGAGCCUGAUCCUGCGUUAUGUUUCUCGCAUGCCUAAAGCUAGAGCUGUCCUCUCUGAGAGCUUUCCAUAUGUCAGGAGCAGAGGAGCUUGUCCUCUUCUCCCUCCCUUAUCUCCUACUCCCUCCCCGAGUAGCACAUACAGCCAAAAAUAGCAGUGAAAAAUCUCUGGUAGACCUCAGUCCUGCUCUCGCUAAAUUAAAUAGCAACAUUUAUGUCAUAAUCAGGCUCUUUAGCAGGAUGGUUUCAUUUUGUUCAUUUUUGUUGUUUGCUGAACUUGCAGUUGGUGAACUGCCUCUAGUGAAAAAAAAAAAAGAAUUAUUUCCUCAGGCUAUAACAAGACACACAACUGUAAUGAAGCUUUGCAAACUGUAGGGUCUGUAUUAAAUAUGUGUAAAAUUCCUGUUAAAUAAAAGUUUUGCUUCCAAUGCCCCUACUGUAUAUUCC